AUUUAAAUCUCUUUGCACGGAAGUGUGCAGUCAGCACACACCUGGAUCAUUGACUAUCUCAACAUAUGAACAGGUCGCCAUGUUUUGUAGAGACAAUCUUUAACAGGUUCAAAAAACUUCUUAAUUAGUGAGUUAUGGCAACAUCAUUGGAUCCUCAUGACAGGGCACAAGAUGUAAAACGCUGUCAACUUUGCCCUGAGAAAGACAUAAAGUCUGCUGCAGAAACUGUGUGUAAAACAUGUCAAGUUGAUCUCUGUAAGGACUGCGUAGGUCAUCAUAUGAUUUCCAAUCCCACCAUUAGACAUGACGUUGUUACUUUUGAGUACAGAAAAUCUGAAGUCAUCCCACCACAAUGCAGUGUCCAUGGUGAAAAACAAUGUGAAAUGUUCUGUGAACAAUGUGGAUCCCCGAUAUGUCAGAAAUGUCUAGCCUCUGGAGCACAUGAAAAUCACAUUGUGCCCCCAAUUUCUGAAAUUUAUAGGUCUAAGCAGGAGCUCAUCAGAAAAGACAUGAAUGAACUUGAAACUAGUAUUGCACCUAUCUAUGAAACAACACUCUCAGAAAUGAAAGAAGCAUUCAUAAGCACUGAACAGAAACAUGAAGAAAGGCAAAGAACCCUGGAUGAAAUUGGUAAAACAUGGCACAAUUUAGUAGACAAAGUUAUUAAAAAAUAUAAGGGUGAUGCAACAAAAAAGGAAAGAGAGGAUGUUGAUGAAAUUAAGACCCUGGAAGCAGAUUUCCAAAAAUGCUUCUUAUCAAUUCAAUCAGCAAUGGAUGAGAAGAAAUCUAUCCUUGCCUCGAAUGAUCCAUCUAAACUUAUCAAUUACACUUCAGAAAAUGAAAAGUUCAGAACUAUUCAUUCCAGAUUUGAACUAACAGUGCAAGACUUCAGUCCCAAAAAACUUACAGAGAAAAUAUUGUGUAUGAUAAUUGGUGACAUUCCAAAAACAGUGAAAUCUUGCAUUCAUGGACAGGUCUUACAAGCUCCCAAAUCCAAUUCCAGUUCAGAAGAAGCUGUAAAGAAGUUUCUUGAUUUGCCACUUACAGUGGGAGAUAUACAAACAGAUGAAGAAAUUUGUGAGGUAGCUUGUAUUCCUCACACAGAUCACUUCUGGGUCAGUGACCUCAAUGGAAUCAUAAAACAGAUGAACAAAGAGGGGGAGGUGCUGAGGAAGAUCACCACAAAGAAUACAUUGUCAGGCCCAAAUGCUUUGACAGUCACCAGACAGGGACAUCUAGUGUAUAUUGAAAGUGAAACAGGAAAUAUUAAUAUAAUGGAGGGUGAUAAGAUAAAAAGAGUGCUCAAAGUAGAGGACUGGAGACCAGCUACUAUCUGCAGCACCUCUACUGAUGACCUCUUGGUACUUAUGACAUCCAUAUAUAUCGAUCGAUUUACAUCGGUCUCUAGAAGAGUUGUCCGUUAUUCUGGUUCUACAAUCACACAAGAAAUAAAAAGAAGUGACUUAUCAGAGAUAGAAUAUUUUUCAUUUUUAUCAUCUGUGCCCCACAUUGAUGAAAACAAGAACCUUGACAUUGUAUUGAGUGAGCGUUUUUCAGUUUUAGUGUUGAACAAUGAAGGACAUAUCAAGUUCAAAUACAGUGGAAUGAAAUACAAAAACUUUAGUCCAUUUGGUAUUGCUACAGACAGCAUGUGUCAUAUCCUGAUUGCUGACGGGGCUAAUAACAUUAUACACAUCAUUGACCAGAAUGGAACAUUCCUUCUGUUCAUAGACAACUGUAAAUUAACCGAACCAUGUGAUCUCAGUAUAGACAGCAAUGAUAUAUUGCAUGUAGCUGAGUCCCAUAGAGUGAAACAAAUUAAGUAUAUGGAAUAAAUUAAAGAUCAAUGUGUUCAUGCAAAUAAACUGAAAUAAUUUAAUUAUGAACCUCAAAGUCCAAAAGCGUUGGAUGAGAAACACCGGUGAUGGAAAUUAACAUUGGUAAAUCCCAGUAAAUAGUUCCGGUACAAUUUUUCUCUAGGAGAUUUUGGGAAAUGCAAAUUGAAACAAAGUCAAAAUUGUUUAAUUCUUAAACUCAUUCCAUCUCAUACAAAACUCAGACAUAAAAUAAACAUUAAACCAGAAGAUGAAUAGUACACAGAUCUUUCUCUAAGGUCUUUAUAUCUAGGUAUUAUA